AUGGCACGACGUAUGAAUUUAUUAAAUAUCGAAAAAAAUAUUCAGAACUUAUGGAAAGAACAUAAUAUAUGUGAAAAAGAAGUUGGUGAUAUAAAUGAGGUAAGAUAUACUGGAAAUUUCCCAUACCCUUAUAUGAAUGGAUUAUUACAUAUUGGCCAUGGAUUUACAUUAAGUAAGUUAGAAUUUUCGAUUCGAUAUAAAAAUAUGAUCUGUGACAAUGUUUUAUUACCCUUUUCUUUCCAUUGUACUGGCACACCUAUAGUUGUAUGUGCAGAUAAAUUAAAAAAUGAACUAAAAAAUAAAGUUUUGAAUAAUAAACCAACAGAGAAGCAUGAAUGCCAACUUAAAGAUAAUUUAUUCGAAGGAAGAAGUGGGGAAAAUGCGGAAAAUGCGGAAAAUGCAGAAAAUGUAGAAAAUGCAGAAAAACGUGGGAAAAAUUCGGAUGCUACUGUCUUUAGAUCGAACAAAAGUAAAGCGCAAUCAAAAGGAGCAACACAAAAUACACAAUAUGAUAUUAUGAAGCAAAUGAAUAUAAGCGAUGAUCAAAUCCAUUUAUUUCAAAAUCCUGAAUAUUGGUGUUAUUAUUUUUCAUCAAAAGCCAAAACACAUUUAGAAUCCUUUGGUUUAUAUUGUGAUUGGAGGCGUUCGUUUAUUACUACAAAUAUAAAUCCAUAUUAUAAUAAGUUUGUAAAUUGGCAAUUUAAUAGUUUAUAUAAAAAGAAUUUAAUAUAUUAUGGAAGUAGAAUUACAAUUUUCAGCCGAGUAAAUAAUCAGGCAUGUGCUGAUCAUGAAAGGUCGGAAGGAGAAGGUGUAAAAUGUCAAGAAUAUACAUUAAUAAAAAUUUAUUUACAAAGUUAUAAUGAUUUUUUUAAUAUAUUUAUAGAAAGCGUUUUAAAUUGUAAUACAGAAAAAACAUCGUUUUCAAAUUGUGUUAAAUAUACACCUUUUAGUGAACAUGAAGAAAAUUUAAAAAAUGAAAUAUGGAAUGAAAAUUUUUUAAAAACAAAAAAAAUAAUAUUUUUAGCAAGUACAUUAAAACCUGAAACAGCAUAUGGACAAAAUUAUACAUUUGUUAAUCCAGAUGAUUAUUAUUGUGUUACUUUUGGAUUUGAUAAGCAAAUGCUUAAUUAUGGUGAUAAAAAUUAUGUUAAUAAUAUAAUGACAAAAAAUGAAAUAAUUGACAAAUGUGAAAAUAUAUAUAUAUGUUCUGAAAAUAGUUUAUAUAAUUUAGCUUACCAAGGUAUAAUACCAAUGUUAAAAAAAAAAGAAAAAAAAAAUCAAGAAAAUAAUAAAACAGAAACAAAAAGUAACUACUUAAAUAAUAUCGAAAAUGAUUUAUUUAUUUUGGCAAAAAUAAAAGGAGAAAAAUUUGUUGGAUUAAAAAUAUAUACAAAUAUAUCACAUAUAAAAAAUAUGUAUAUUUUGCCAAUGUCAACAAUUAAAAUGAAUACAUCAACGGGUAUAGUUCCAUGUGUAUCUAGUGAUAGUAUAGAUGAUUAUGCUUGUUUAGAAGAAAUAAAAAAAAAAAAAAAAUAUUAUUGUGAAAAAUAUAAAUUAUUAAAAGAUGAAUAUUUAAAUAAUGAAAGUAUAUCAUGUAUUGAAUUACCAGGAAUUGGUACACAUAGUGGUAAACAUUUUUAUGAAUGUGAAAAAAUUACUUCUUAUAAAGAUGCAAAAUUACAAAAAUUAAAAGGAAUGUUAUAUAAAAAACAAUAUUUUGAAGGGAUUAUGAAAAUUGAGCCAUAUUGUAAUAUGAAAACAUUUAAUUGUAGAAAAAUAGUUAAGCAAAAUAUUAUUAAAAAUAAUCAAGGUUUUAUAUAUAGUGAACCAGAAGUUCUAGUAAUUGAUCGAAAUAAUGUUAAGUGUAUUGCUGCUUUAUGUAAUCAAUGGUAUAUUAAUUAUGGAAAUUUAGAUUUUAAGAAAGAUGUUCUUAUUCAAUUAAAGAAAAAUAAUUUUCAAACAUAUAAUGAUGUUUUAUAUAAACAAUUACAACAUGUUAUAUUUUGGUUAGAUGAUUGGUCAUGUAGUCGAUCUUAUGGAUUAGGAACACAUAUGCCAAAUUUUAAUGAAAAAAAAAAAUUCGAAAAUGAAAUAAUGGAAAAAGACGAAGCUUUUGUAAAAAAAACAGAACUAAUAGAAAGUUUAUCUGAUUCGACUAUAUACAUGGCAUACUAUACAAUAAGUCAUUAUUUGCAAGGUAAUGUUGAUGGAAAAGAAAAAGGAACUCUAAAUAUAGAUCACAAUGAUUUAAAUGAUGCAUUCUUUGAUUAUGUAUUUGAUAUAUCCAAUAAUACAACUAAUAUAAGCAAAAAUAUAACAAUUGAAAAAUUAAAUAUAAUGAGAAAAUCCUUUAAAUAUUGGUAUCCAUUUGAUAUUAGAAUUUCUGGAAAAGAUUUAAUUUUUAAUCAUUUAACAAUGUCAUUAUUUAAUCAUGUUGCUAUUUGGGGAAAAAAAAUAUAUAAAAAAAAUAAAGAUUGUUUAGAAGAUAAAAGUGCCUUAGAUAGACAAACCGAAAUAUUAAAUGAAGUUGAAAAACUUGAUUUAAACGAAUAUGAAAGUAUAAAAUAUUUUCCUAAAUCCUUUUUUUGUAAUGGCCAUGUUUUAGUAAAUAAAGAAAAAAUGUCAAAAAGUAAAGGAAAUUUCAUAACUAUAGAAAAUAGUAUAAAUCAAUAUACUAGUGAUGGAACUAGAAUAGCAUUAGCAGAUGCAGGUGAUUCUAUAGAAGAUGCAAAUUUUAACACAGAUACUGCAAAUAGUGCUAUUAUGAAAUUAUAUAAUUUAAUAAAUUUUUCUAUUGAAACAAAAAAUAAUGUUUAUAUAUUUAGAUGUGGAGAAAAAACAUUUAAUGAUCUUAUUUUUGAAAAUGAAAUAAAUUAUUUAACAAAUAAAUGCAAAGAAGCAUAUGAAAAAUUAUUAUUUAGAGAUGUAUUGAAAUAUGGAUUUUAUGAUAUGUUAUUAAAACGAGAUACAUAUAGAAUAAUGUGUGAUAAAAUACAUAUGCAUAAAGAAACUGUUAAUUUUUUUAUUGAAAGGAUGUGUAUUAUAAUUAAUCCAAUAAUACCACAUGUAACUGAACAUAUAUGGACUUAUAUUUUAAAAAAAGAUAAAUUAUUAAUUACUCAAAAAUGGCCAAGUUCAGAAAAUACAAACUUUUCCAUUGUUAUGCACAAACAAUAUAAUAAUCUUUUAAAUGUCAUGGAAAAUUUUAGGAAAUCUUAUGAUAAAUUUUUGAAUAAAAAUAACAAAAAUAAAAAUGAAUUAUAUAAUACAUUGAAUCAUGGUAUAUCAGGAAGUAGUGGGCCUGAUGAUGAGGAUGAAAAACAUAAAUUUAAAGCAAUUGUUUAUGUUGCUAGGGAAUAUAAUGAUACACAAAAAAAAAUUAUUGAAAUAUUAAAUAAUAUAAUUAAAAAUAGUGAAGAUAAAAAAUUGCCAUCUAAUUUUAUAAAUCUUUUAGUACAAAAUAAUUAUGUUAAUAAUUUACCGAAAAAUGAAAAAAAAGAUAUUUUAAGUUUUGCCACAUUUCUUGUUAAAGAUAAUGUUACACUAAAUAAUAAUCAAUAUGAAUUGACCUUACCUUAUGAUGAAAUUCAAUUAAUAAAAAAUAAUAUAGAUUUUAUAAAAAGAAUUUUAAAUUUAAGAGAUAUACAAAUACUUGAAAAUAUUAAAAAAUGUGACAUAGAUCAUACUGAUAUAUAUAAAUUAUCUAACCCUGGCAAUCCUUCUAUUUUUAUUUAUAACACAAAAGAAUAA